CUAAAUUUUACUCUCUCUCUCUCUCUCUCUCUCUCUGUAUAUAUAUAUAUAUAUAUAAACUUGUCUCUGAAUAUGUUUGAGAAGGCCAGCAAGCAGCAAAAGUCCAACUUGGAGAUCCUCCUUUGAUCAUUCUCUCUCUAACCCAAUUUACUGUUAAAACGUAUCCAUGCAUCUCUUGCAUCCAACAACCUAAGAGAUUCAUACAGGCCCCCCCGCGCGCUCCACCCACCUUUAAAAAAAAAAAAAAAAAAUUCAGUUUCUUUUGUAUGUGGGUCUGAGGUUAAAUGGAUGCUUUGUUUAAACUAGCCAGUCUCCAAUCCGAUCAGUAUUCCUUCAACUCCACCAUAACUUCAACCAGUUCUAGAUUCUCUAGUUUUCCCUAUCAAGAGAAUCACGAAGAAUGCUUCAACCCUUUCAUGGAUGAAGAAGACAUCUCCUCUUCAUCGUCCAAGCACUAUUACCCUUACUACCCGCCGCCGCCGCCUUCCACCACCGUUACCUUAACCAACCCGACCCAUGGAUUUCAGUCCGCUGAAUGCUCUUCCUCGCCGGCCGCUCGAGACCUGAGCUUCGAGUUCGCUUCUUCCUUCUCCGGCAAGUGGGCCUCCGAUAUCCUUCUUGAGGCCGCCCGAGCCAUCGCCGACAAGAACAGCGCUCGCGUCCAGCAGCUCAUGUGGAUGCUCAACGAGCUCGGCUCGCCUUAUGGCGACAUCGAUCAGAAGCUAGCUUCUUAUUUCCUUCAGGCGUUGUUCAGCCGCAUGACGGAUUCAGGGGAGAGGUGUUACCGGACUUUGAUGUCGGCGACGGAGAAGAAUUGUUCUUUCGAGUCCACGAGAAAAAUGGUGUUGAAAUUUCAAGAAGUGAGCCCUUGGACCACGUUUGGCCAUGUUGCUUGUAAUGGUGCAAUCAUGGAGGCUUUCGAAGGUGAAAGCAAGCUGCAUAUAGUUGAUAUUAGCAACACUUACUGCACGCAAUGGCCGACUUUGCUUGAAGCGCUGGCGACUCGGACCGACGAGACACCGCACCUCCGCCUGACCACGGUGGUGGCCACCAAGGACAGCGGGGCGCCGGCGGUGCAGAAGGUGAUGAAGGAGAUCGGGAGUAGAAUGGAGAAGUUCGCGAGGCUAAUGGGCGUGCCCUUUAAAUUCAACAUUCUACACCAUACUGGUGAUCUAUCGGAGUUAAAUUUAGCCGAACUGGACAUCAAAGACGACGAAGCGCUCGCCAUCAACUGCGUGGGCGCUUUGCACGCAGUCACGGCGGUCGGCGACCGCCGGGACGUCCUGAUGUCGAUGUUCAGGAGCUUGCAACCGAGGGUCGUGACUGUCGUCGAGGAAGAAGCCGAUCUCGAUGUUGGUCCCGAUGGGCUUGAGUUCGUUAAGGGUUUCCAAGAAUGUUUGAGGUGGUUUAGGGUUUACUUCGAGUCCCUGGAGGAAAGCUUCCCGAAGACAAGCAACGAGCGGUUGAUGCUGGAGAGGGCCGCCGGACGGACGUUGAUGGACCUGGUGGCGUGCCCGCCCUCGGAGUCAACGGAGCGGCGGGAAUCGGCAGCUCGCUGGUCACGGCGGCUGCAUGGAGCUGGGUUUAGCCACGUUUCAUUAAGUGACGAAGUGUGCGAUGACGUACGCGCCCUCUUGCGGCGGUACAGGGAGGGUUGGUCGAUGAUACAGUCGCCGGAAGCCGCGGGAAUAUUCUUGUCGUGGAAGGAACAGCCGGUGGUGUGGGCCGGAGCCUGGAAGCCGUGAAAUGGUGGGCGGUGGGUGGCACGUGUUUGGCAGGCUCAUGGCGUGAGGUGUAGUUUGUGGGUUCGCAGGAUUAAAGUUGAAAUUAAAGAGCAAGAGGACUUAGCCUUUUCAAUUGUAUUGAAUUGACUGAAUUAUAGGAAGUGACCACAUUAAUAUAUCUCCAUUUAUUUUUAUUAUUAUUAUUAUUGUUGUGAAAAAGACCAUCCUUUUGGGUCUUGAAUUUUUCCAAAAAUAUUAAUGGGUUCAAGUCUCUUCUGUGG